AUGUCAGUCGGGCGCCUCGGCCUCGGGUGCCGAAAAAGCGCGAGCGCGAGCUUAGCCAGGGAUACGGCGGCCCUCAAACCGCGUAGCUGCGUUGUAUGUCGGACCCGCAAGGUCCGCUGUGACAAGCAGUCACCAUGUUCAAAUUGCCGUCGCGCGAAUAUCGCGUGCGUCGUUCCUUCCAAAGAUCGCCCUCCGAGAUGGACUCGCCGUCUCGAGCGUCCAGCAACUGGCGAGAUUAUGGAAAGACUUCGAGAUCUUGAGAACUUAGUCAAGGACCUGAGUGGUCAGCUUGAGCAGGCGAAUGCAGCGGUUAGAUCUACUGCUGGCAGCUCAUCUGGCGUUGGCUCUCCCGAGAGUUCGAUGCAUGAUGCGGAUCAUUCGCUAAGUGCUAGCAGCGCACGGAAGCUUGGAAGGCUGGUCGCCCACGAUAGCAACAGGAGCCGCUAUGUCGGAAAUAGCUUCUGGUCACGAGUGAAUGAUGAGCUGGAGGAGCUGAAAAUGGACGCUGCUGCUCAAGAUUCGGAUAUGUCCGAUGAUGCAGUCUCGUAUGAGAACACACCAUCGACUCAAGAACUCGAUCGCACACCAUCCGAGCGCCAUGCAUUUUUAUUCAAACACAAUCUAGCUUCCUCCGGCCUCAACUCUACUACCCCGGAUCUCCGCGAGUUCCAUCCCUUGCCGUCACAGAUACCCUUCCUGUUAGACGUAUAUUCCGAAAACAUCAACGUAUUGGGCCAGGUCGUUCAUAUGCCCACGAUCAAAAACAUGGUACGGGACUUGCGUGGCGAUGUAACCAAGCUCACGCCAGCGAAUGAAGCCUUAUUGUUUUCCAUAUACUACGCCGCCGUCACCUCAAUGGAAGAAGACGACGUCAACAUUAACUUCGGAUGUAAAAAAGCGGAAUUGAACCUCAAAUACCGUCUCGGUACAGAGCAUGCCCUUGCUAAGGCCGACUUCUUGAAUGUGCCCGAUCUCGUUCUGAUCCAGGCAUCCACUAUCUUCAUAACCCUGCUCCGCCGGCACGACAGUCCACGCUUUGUCUGGAUGAUGGCAGGGCUAGUCAUCCGAAUGGCUCUCGCUUUGGGGCUUCAUCGCGACGGUACUAACUUCCAGCACUUGACCCCUUUUGAAAUUGAAAUGCGGCGCCGGGUCUGGUGGGUCAUAUGCGCCCUCGAUGUAAGGGCAUCCGAAGAUCAAGGGACGGAGUUUACAAUCACUACCGGGAGCUUUGACACCAAGAUCCCCCUCAACAUCAAUGAUGGAGACAUUAGCCCUGACACGAAAGAGAUGCCACAAGAGCUGGAAGGCUUGAGCGACAUGUCUUUUGCCCGAGUCACACACAAUAUAACAGGAGUUGCAAGGCAGAUCAUGGCACCCGGGUUACGGAAACCCAGCCUGGAAGAACAGAGUCAGCUUCUACAGGAAAUCUAUCGAACUUUGGAACAAAACUUCUUGCAGUACUCGACCGAGUCAAAUAUCAUUUAUUGGGUUGGGGUGACGAUUGCACGCCUCGUUAUGGCAAAGACGACUUUAUUCAUCUACCUCCCUGUUCUGUACGAGUCGCGUCGUGACACCUUAUCAGCAGAGCUCAGGACAAAGCUGCUUAUUGCUGCAAUCGAAGUGGCUGAGUACAACCAUGCCUUGAACGCCGAGCAAGCAUGUAGACACUGGCGCUGGGUUUACCAGACCUACACGCAUUGGCAUGCCAUCGUCUAUAUUUUGAUUGAAAUUUCCCGUCGACCUUGGUCACCACUCGUUGAGAGAGCCUGGGUGGCAUUGCACAGCGUUUGGUUGAUUCCAAGCCAAUCGCAUAUGGGCAAGCAGGCGAGGAUUUGGUUUCCCUUGCGAAAGCUCAUGUCCAAGGCAAAGAAGCAUCAGCAGAUCGAGCUUGAAAGGCUACGCAGUGACCCAGAAGCUGUUGCGCUGUUGGAAUCUGAGUAUCGCACAAUGGCUCUGCCAUCCAGCCCUAUAGUACCGACAAGCUCAGGAUCAGCUGCAGCUGGAUUCAGUUCAGCCGGAUUAGCUCUGGAAAGAUGGCGACAGCUUGUGAUUGCACCGAUGGUGUCUACGGCUCAGAUGUCUGAAUUCAACAUACAAGGUAGUUCAUACCGUUCAAUUCCUGGCGCCGACGCGAGCUCACUGACUGCGUUCGAUCCUGGCCCCGCCGGCUCGACAAGUCAGCCAGAUCAGAAUCUGCUAAGCGCCAAUUUUACAAAUUUUCAAACGUCUACCGCACCUAGUCCGACGGGAUCUCAAGGCAACCUUGCAUGGCUCUGGUCUGAUAAUGUGUUUACAAAUGCCCCUGAUGAAAUGGUUGAUAUCAACAUGGAUCUUGAUGCAGACAUUGAUUGGUACAAUUGGGUUGAGUCUGCCAAGGGCGCAGAAGUUAAUGGGCCUGGUACCUGA